AUGUCGCCCUCCCCCGCCGAAACACUGGAUUCGACAGUAUCCAUUCGACCCCGUCCGACUGUCACUGCUUCGCCCACGACGUCCAUUUGGCGGGACCUUCCCGAGAGUGUCUUCCGCCAACAUGUCGUGGAUUUGGAGAAGCUGACCAAUGCUGUGCCUGUCGAUGCCCAAGCGUUCCCACCUCCACCCCCUUCGCCUGAUGUUCUACCCGCCGACGUUGCCUCAACCGCUGUUGCAAAUGGGGAAGCGGGAGCACAUGGUAAAGUGCACGCAGAUGACGCGACUGGGGGAGCGCGCGACAACUACCGAGACUCUCAUGACCAUCACAUCCAUCUUCGUCCCCGCCAGCUGACACUGGCCGACGAACAACGUCUAGCGGACGACAUCGCAUACCUCGUUGCUGUCGGAGAAGGGGCGCAGUCCGUUGCUGCUACCACCGUUCAGGAAAGUCGAGCUGGCCAUCGGGGAAAUGGACCGCCGCAAAUUGCAGGGCUCAGGGUCGCCAUCGCCUCCGUCGACGCCAUCGAGCCGGGUUCGCAAGCCUUUCUCCGCUCCCUUUUCCAUCUCCUUGUGGCCGUGCCGCCCGCCAAGACACUUCCUGGCCUUCUGGAUGCGGUGGUCCGGCAUCACCACAACCGUCUCCUGAACCGCCUUCGCUCAGCCAAAUGGAAGAAACCCGUAUACCUCUCCCGAACCCACAAGAAACCCCUGUAUGCCGAUUUCGCAAACCUUGUCCAUCGCGUCCAAUUUCUCUACACCAAAAAAGAAGCAGCCGCGAGGGCGCAGCUCCAAGACCAGCUCUUGGCCAUGGCGAACCUGCUGGAAGCUUUUGAGUCCGAGGCGAACGACCAUGAGAAGCUUGUCGAGAUAGUGCGAUCCACCUACGACCUUUGCAUUUCGCCCUCCGUCGCAACCUAUCUUCAGCGCUUGCAGGCCGGCAGGGCGACAACUCAAAUUCUGGCCUGUCUCAAAACGCUACGUCAGCUCGAGAAGAUAGCAGCUUAUUACCGCAUUUGUCAAACCUUGACAAGGCUAUCCCAAUCUCACCCAACGCUUUUUGGUCGCGUGGAGCUUCUCUUUCUGCCUCCGUUCGAGGCAGUGCCUCUCAGUCCCGCCUUGGCCUACCAACCUUGGGCAAAGUCAACCCACGUGCACGCUGAGAUCAUCCUGACUAUUCAUCACGAUUUGGAGAAGCCAUACGGUCCUUGGCAUAAGCCGAGAUGCCUCGGCGCAUCCAAGUACUUUUGCUAUCUCUGCUACCUUUUCAUCCGACAUCACGGGGCCUACUUUGCAGCCAACACUCACGGGGCUUGCUACGAUCAAUGGACGAUACCGGACCUCGCCGACUACCCCCAGUCGGUCGCCGACCGCUACCGAGACGUACUGCAGGCGAUGGACGCCGAGAUUUUGCUUCACACACAAGGCGCGGUCUGGAGACCGGAGCCAAUGACUAGUCGUGAGAAUCUGAUAGAAACCGCACGGGAAGAAACUCGUUAA